UGAUCCAAGGAGCUCACAGUUCACCCCUCAAUUUUUUAUUGCUGUUUCAGGGGAAAUGUAACUUCUCGGAGCUCAGCAUUGCUGGCAGUGUGUGAUAUCCCUUUAUUUGCACCGUUUAUCUCUUCCGACCUGUGGCUUUGGAUAACUUGCUAAUAACAAAGGCUCGUUAUCACCAAACAAACGUUCUGAAGUGGCAGCACAGAAAAGCUGUCAGUCGGUUGGCAAGUGAAGCUUUUAGAUCAAAUUCUCCAGUAGAGAAGCUGAAAAUAAGAACCUUUUCUUUUCUCUGCGACUUCGGGUGACUCCUGGAGUGUUUUCAUGGCUUUGUGAGCACGAGAUGAUCCUCGGGUUUGUGUUUAUAAAAGCAGUCAGGGCUUCACCUGGCAGGGACUGAUGUAAUGCCAGCCUUUCAACCAGCUCUGCUUUAUUUCCUUUAACUCCUUUUUUUAUUUUUGGGAGGGAUAGAGGGAAAUAAUAAAUUUCCAACAGCCAGAAAACACAGCACAACCAACCUUUGAAUGGCUCUUCUGUUGUGGUUUUCUUUUUUUUUUUUUCUUUUUUUUCCCCUUUUCUCGUGCCAACAAGGCUUUGUGUCAACAGCCAGCAAGCUUUUACCUGUCCUGAGCGCGUCCCCUUGGCAGGGAGCUGGGGACAGCAUCUCCAACAUGUUUCCAGCCUGGCACGGGGGGAUUGCCAAAGCACUGCAGAACGAGCAGCAGGGGAGGGAGGAGAAGCUGCAAGGUGCUGCUUGUGUGAUGGAAGCUGGUAAAACCUGGAGAUUUUGGUGUGUUCUGCUGGAAAUAUCUUUGUCUCCUCCACUGAGGAGGGGGUUUCAUUUUCCUUUCUUUUUUUUUUUUUGUUAUUGUUUGUUUGGUUUUAAUUUUUUUGUUUUGGGUUUGGUUUUUUUUGUUUGUUUGUUUGGCUUUUGUUUGUUUGUUUUUUGGUUGGGUGUGGUUUUGUUUGGGUUUUUUUUUUGUUUGUUUGUUUUUUGUUUGGUUGGGUUUUUUUGCCUGGAUCAGGCACCGCCCAAGGAUAAAGAUGGGAUUUAGGGUGGUUUUAGUGCUGAUAUUCCCAAGUGUGCCCAGCAGCCCUGGGGAGCAUCCACACCACAAAUAUAUUGAUUGGUGCAAUCUGCCAAUAACCCAUCAGAAAUACACACCCACCUCACCUGGAGCUCAGGUAUCUUGUCAGGCUCCAACACUUGCCCUCUUUUCUGUGCACACUAAGGCUGCUACUGCAGGAUGUGUUCAUGAGUGCUCUUAAAGCCUUAUUAUUCAUUUCAUGGUGCCCUUUUACUCCCUGAGAGCAUCUCCCUGGCUCUGCUAAGCUCAGGCUGACCUUGCCAGGCCGUGGGGAGGAUGUGGGCACCCCAUUUCCUCCAGAAACCUCAAAUUCCUAACCUCAGCCUUAUCUUCUCCUGGCUUUUUUUUUUUUUUUUUUUUGUUGGUUGUUGUUGUUGUUGUUGUUGCUGACAAGGGGCUGUGACGUGUGCCUCGAGGUGUGCCUGCUGGGUGAGCUCUGGGGCAGAAUUUCAGCCCUUCAGUGCCCCAAAAUAUCACUCAGGGGCUGAAAAAGCUGCCAGCACUGCUAAAAUGACACUUGGUGGGGUGUCCCUGCACAGGGGUGAUCAGAGCUCUCACUUCUGCAAGGUUACAGCUCUUUAUAAUUUAUAUAAUAAUAGAUUAUUUUUGCUGUGACCUCAUGAAUUUAUCAUUUGGGACAAUGCUGAGAUUAAUCAGGGGAGAAGGGGAGAUGUUAAAGGUGUCCGAAUAUUUUUAAAGCAUGUUUUGGAAAAAAAAAAAAACAAAAAACAAACCCUUACAUAAGGCAAAGGAACUGGAAGGAUUUUCACUUCAGUGUGGAAGUGCCUGGUUGAGGUGAGCAAAAAGCUGCAUAGAUUUCUUUUUUUUUUUUUUUUCUCACAGUUAUAGUUAUUUUCUCUUUUUUUUUUUUUUUUUUGGUGGAAUUUAAUAUGGAGAGAUGUCUCUCUUUCUUUCUUUCCAGUCUGGGUGCUCAGCUGAGAAACUGAGUUUGCCUCACCAAGAGGAGGCAAGACAAAAAUCUUAGAAAGGUCUGGGUUUCUGCAAGAAACAGAAAAUCCUCAGGCAAUUACAACUUUCCCAUCAGCUACUUUUUAAAAAAACUUAAAUAAUUCAGCUCCUGUUCAGCUGAUGAUGCUGAAAACCUUUCAUCAACAGCCCAAACUCGAGCAAGGGCUGCCAAACUACCUCAGCCUUUCCGUGGAAUUCUGCCUCCACAGGGAAGCUGAGCAGCAGCCAGAGAAGUUUGGCUCUGGAUUUUUUUUUUUACCUCUGAGGGGCCAUGGGCUGAACCUCGGGCCGGUGUGGCAAACAGCAGCUUUCCUUUUUUUUCUGCCAGAAUCACUGGGAAAUGUCAGCAGGGAGGCCUGAGCUGCAGCUCUGCCUCAGAGCUGGGUGAUGCACGGUGUUCUCCAGGAAAAGCUGGAUGCUGGAUUAAAUAUGGACUUUUCAGCUGCUGCAAAGGCCUCCAAACAGCCAUACAGGAGACAAAGUUCUGAGCAGAACAAAUGGAGCAAGCCAGGGAUGAUGUGGCAUUGUGACCAUGCCGUGUUACUGGCCAAAGGGCAGGAGGAGGAAACUCUUGGUGGUGGUGGAAAUCUGGUAUUUCUCUCACUCCUAUGGAUGCUGGUAGGAGAGGGAGAAGAGAACAGAACUCAGCCAGGUGCUCCGAGCCUCAGCCUGGGGAAGGUGAUGUUAUUCCCUAGGGAUGAGCAUCCCUUCCCGAAGGAGAUGCAAUUCCUUGCUGUUGGAAGAAUGACCUCAAGAGAGGAGAGCUCCCGAGCUCCUCAUCCGCAUCCCACGGGCUCCCUGCAGGUGCUGAGCGGCCCCACCCCGGCUGGUGCCGGCCUCAAACAAGGGCUGGGAAGGCUCGGGGCUGUGGGAAAAUUUGGGAAUGGGGUGGGAAGGGCCGUGUGGAUGGGCUUUGUACCAACCUGGGUGAGGCGGAGACACAGACUCUGCAAACUGGAUGCUGCUGCUGCUGCUGCCGCCGCCGCCGCCCCAGGAAACCUGAGCAAAGAGAAGGGAAGGAGAGGAGCUGUGGCACAGAGAGAGGAGUGUGAGUUCCACAGUGGAGGGAAUCCCAAGGAAUUCGUAGGGAUGGAUCUUACUGAGAAUGAAUAAUUAACUAAAGAGCAGCGCAGGUAUCCCAUCAGACUGGAUCGAUGCUGUUUGAGAACCACUCUGGCAGUGCUCCUUGGAAAGGGACAGCUUCGUUUUUUAAGGAAUGUUGGAAGCUGAAGCAAUACACAUCAACCACUUCUGGGAGCCUGACCUGCUGGAAGGGAGAAAUCCACCCCAAAAGCAACGGGAGUGUUGGUGCUUGGGGACCAGGAUUUUACUCUGCAAGUACAAAUACCGUUGGUUUUUUUUUCCCCUCAGUUUUAAUUCAUACAACCCUCCACUUCAUUUCCUUUAUUCACAAUGCUCUCGAGUGAGCAGCUCAUUCCCCUGGCAACAACUUCCUAGCACAUCCCGUGCAUUUAAUUCCUUUAACAGUGCCUCUUCUGGGCUGAGAGUGCCUUUUCUGCCUGGUGCAGAUGGGACAAGGCAGAGAUGGAGCCCCCAGGCUGAGCUUUUCUCAGGGCACAUCCUGCCAGCCCAGGGGGUUUUGGGGCAGGCCAUACCUUGUGCAGGUCCCCGAGGUGACUUCCACCACUUUUCACUUUUUCUUGUGUGGGCACCACAGGGGUUGUGUGAGUGCUGCUGGGACGUGAGAAGCAGCUCCACGCAGCCCUGGGACACCUGGCUGUGAUGAAGAGGCUGCUGCAUGGGAGCAGUGACCCAGCGUUUCCAAAACCUGACAAUUCUUUUCACCCAGACCUCUCUGCCCCUGCCUCUCAGGCUGAUUUUUGAGCAAUCAGCUGCAACAAGGUGCAGAAGCUGAAAUCUGAAAGGCUUCAAGAGCUGUAAUGUCAUGAACCAGGAAGAAAUAUUGAUUUGCCAAGCUCUUUAUGCAAAUCCCUGGAGUGGCUGGAGCUGGAGGAAUCCUACAAAGGCUGGAAGAGAGAAUGAGAGGGAAUGUGCAUGUGUGUGUACACACAGAGCUCCCUCCCCUCCUCCAGAAGGGAUGGGCCCGCCCAGGUGAGCCUUUCAUCCUGGAGGGAGUGACUUUUCUGGAGCAGCAGCUCUGCUUUCUCCCUGCUUUCCUCAGAUUCUCACUCCUUUAGGUCACUGCUGCAGCUACUCUGACUGAAUGUUCCUUUUCCCCCAUCUUUACCAGCUUGGUACACUCAGAUUUUGGCCCAGAUAUUACAGUCUUGGUAAAAAAAAAAACAACCAAACAAACAAAAAAAAACAACCAACCAAACAAAAAUACUAAAAGAGAAGAUACAAAGCAAACACCACAACAUUUUUACUCACUGUUGAACCGGUGGCUGCUUGUCGUGCUCUCCUCUGCUGCAGCAACUCCUUGACUGUGAUCUUCACUCUCACACCUUGGUACACCUUGGGCUUUCCUGGAAGAAUUUGUGGGGAAAAAAAACCCAAGCACUUUGAAAGGGGGGAGAAUCUCAGAGCAAGCAGCAAAUCCAGCAGGUUUUCAGGUGUGCUCUGUGUGGAGAACAAUUAGACUAAACAUGACUAAUUGGUCUCUGUUUGCAAUCACACUCACGGCCCUCUUCAACACCUGCUGUCCCAGCCUGGGACGAGCAGACACUCAUGAAAAUCUUGCUGUUGAUAAUAUUUAAUAACCACAUGUUUUAUUCUUCUCUAUCUCCUUCUUCCCCCUGCCCCCCUUCCAGCUUUCCCAAUACCAAGCUCCAUCUGGUGCUGCUGCUGGAUUCAUUUAAAUUCCUGACAUAUUUGCCUCUCUCAGGACCUGAAAAUAAAUGUGGGAAGCGCUUCAUGUGGCAGAAAUAAAGGCCCAGAAAUAAAACAAUGGAAAUAUGUGGGUGGUUAUUCAGAGA